AUGACACAAGAUACAUAUGGAAAUUUAUUAACAGCAUUAAUUGUCAAUUCUGAAUUAAUAAAACCAUUCACAGGAGGAAAUAAGCCUGUCUCAUUUCAUAAAAAAGUUCUUAUAAGUCUCCGGUAUUAUGGUAGAGAAAUGUCUAUGCAUGCCAUUGUUAACCAGUUCAAUACUGCAACUUCAACUGUUUAUAAUAUUGUUCAAGAAGUCACUAAUUGUCUUUGUAAUAGUAUGGCUAAAAAAUUUAUCACUUGGCCAAACAUUAAAGAAUGUACAAUAAUUGAAGAAGGAUUUAGAGUGAGAGAUAAUAUUCCUAAUGUCAUUGGUGUGAUUGAUGGUUGUCAUAUUUCUGUAAAGUUCCAUCUUCAGAACAAGACAGCUACACAAACAGAAAGAUGA